AUGAACUCGAAGAAAAAGGAGAAGAUGACACCAGAUGCUGUGCGUCGCUUCAUUCACAAUUGGGGUGAGAAUGACGAGAGAACCCAAAGAGCUAUCACAGCAGCCAGGAUGCACUUCCCCAAUGAUCCCCUCUGGGAAGAAUUGGGCAUGUCGACUGGAAGCAACUCGGCUGGUUCUGGUGGUGGCUCUUCCAGCUCUGGCGGACAGUCUGGUGGAGGUUCUGGUGGUGGCUCGGGCGGCGGCGGCGGUUCGAAGAAGUAG